GUCCCAUGCAGACUAUAAAACUAGCAAUGCCACUGGUGUUCCAAACCUGUAAUAUGACUCCAGUGACAUUUGUGAUCAAAAUUGAAGAUUUCAAAAUGACUGACGUGAGUGAAAAUGCUAUCUUGCAAAUUAUUUAUGCAAUUUUAAAAGUAAAUGAAAGUGUAACAGAGCUUCUACAAAGUGCAACAUCAGUGACAAAGGUUAUUGCUAUCUAAAGUAUGAAAUAACAAAUUUAUGAAAAGCAGGAAGAAUGUAUUAACUCACUGUUCAAAGUUCUGAAUCACCACUCAUCACACUGCCACAGGAAAUACUUCAAAUGAAUAUGACCCAAUACAUUAAAAAUGCAUUUAAUUAAUUUUAUAAUACUAAAUGAUUGUGGUUGUGGGACAGCCAAUUUCCAAGUAAACAAAGUAUUUUCAAAAAUAAAAACACAUAAUUCAUAUAACUGACAUAAUUAUUUACUUUAACAACACUUCCCUUAAAACAUAAAAAAACGUUUACCUCAAGAACCCAUUGGACACACAUUACCACUAUUGAGAUAAUAAUUCCUACAAAGAGUUAUUGGGGGGUAUGGGGAGAGUUUACAUGAGGUUACUGGCCACAAACAUUUUGGAACACAUGCUCUAAAGGUGUCUAGCGAUUUUUUUUGGUGUAAGCAUUGGGCGUAAUGGAUAAUCUGGCACACAGCCAGAAACGCACCCAUCUACAUAACACACCCAUAAUGUUGGUGCUGCUGUGGUUUGGAGAAACGAAACUCUAGCUUCUGGUUUCAUUUUCUCCCGAACGCCGUGCCUCAAAGAAGAGACCUGAUAAUAUUCAUCCAGCCUUAUGAAUGUGACCAGAAUAUGAAAUAUAUGAAAAAUGGCUGAAGCUGAAAAAUCUUACUAUGAAGAGCAGUUUACCUGCUCAGUGUGUCUGGAUGUCCUGAGGGAUCCAGUGACUAUUCCCUGUGGACACAGUUACUGCAUGAGCUGUAUUAAUAAUGUCUGGUCUGGGUUGGAUCUGAACGCUGUGUACAGCUGCCCUCAGUGCAGGGAGACGUUUUCUCCAAGGCCUGCCCUGAAGAAGAACACACUUUUGGCUCAAGUGAUGGAGAAAAUGAAGAACGCUUCAGAUCAGGCUAGCUCGACAUGUGUAAAGUUGGAAUGUGAUUCCUGCAUUGGAUACAAAAAUACAGCCGACAAGUUCUGUCUGCAGUGUUUAGCUGCCUUCUGUGAGCUUCACGUCCAGCCUCACUAUGAAUCUCCUGCAUUCACGAAACACAAACUAGUCCCAGCAUCUGCGCAGGUACAGAAGAACAUCUGCUCUCGUCACGGCAAACUGCUGGAUAUUUACUGUUGUGAAGACCAACAGUGUAUCUGUUACCUCUGCAUGCUUGAGAGUCAUAAUAAUCACAAGACAUUGUCUGUGCAAUCUGAGAGAAUCAAAAAUCAGGAUGACUUGGAAAGGACAAAGAUAGAGUGCCAACAGAUGAUUGUUCAAAGAGAAGAAGGCUUAACAGAGCUAAACAGAGUCGUGACGUCUAUUAUGUGUUUUACGCAGACAGCAGAAGAGGACAGUGAGAGGAUUUUUACCGAGCUGAUCGCCUCCAUGAACAGAAGAUGCUCUGAAGUCAAAGAGCUGAUCAGAGCUCAAAAAAAUGCUGAACUGAGUCAAGCUGAAGAACUUCGCCAACGCCUGGAUCAUGAACUUGCAGAGCUGAGGGCAAGAAUGGCUGAAAUAGAACAGCUUUUAGCUACAAACGAUCACAUCGAUUUCAUCAAGAAAUGCAAGUCUGUCGGUGCCUUGCCCACUUUUAUAGACCUGCCUUCUAUAACAUGCCAACUUCGUGAGUCUUCUGAACACGUUUCCAUGUCUGUGCUCAAGGAACACCUAGACGAUGUCUGUCAACAAGAAGUAGCAAGAAUAGCAAGAGAAGUUAUGAACAUCCAUGCUAUGGAGCCUUCAGAGCCAGAAACCAGAAAGGACUUUUUGCGCUAUUUUUGUGAUCUUCACAUGGAUCCAAACACCGUCCACAGAAACCUUCGUCUCUCUGAAGGGGACAAAAAAGUGACCCGGGUUCUGGAAGCUCAUCCAUAUCCUGAUCAUCCUGAGAGAUUUGAGGGCUUUCCAUAUGUCUUAUGUAAAGAGGAUCUUUAUGGUCGUUGUUACUGGGAAGCUGAUUGCAGGGGAAAUGAUUGGUCCAUAGCAGUGUCAUACAAAGGCAUCUUGCGUAAAGGAGGCAAUGAGGAGUGUAGGUUUGGGUUUAAUGCUCAGUCCUGGAGAUUGACUAUCAGUCAGGUGAAAUGUCGUUUUAGACACAACAAAAAUGCAGUUCGUAUUCAUCAGGCUGACUCAACAACCAUCGGCGUAUAUUUGGACCACAGUGCUGGAACUCUUUCCUUCUAUAGUGUCUCUGAUCGUAUGACCCUCCUCUAUAAAGUCCAGGCAACAUUCACUGAGCCAGUCUAUGCAGGAUUUAGGCCUGGGCCAGAUUCAGUUGUCAGCAUUCUGCCAGUGAACAAAGAGAAAGAGUAAAACCACUCAAAUUUCACAUUACUUAUGAAACUUAAGAAGAAAGAGAUAAGUGGGAUAAGUGAUUCAUUUGUUCAUCUUCAGUAAACGCUCUCUCCUGGUCAGGUCACGGGUAUGAGGCGAGAAUACACCCUGGAUGGGACACCAGUCCAUUGCAAGGCACCACACACAUUAACACACAAUUUAGGGUAGUAAGUCCACCUACUGGCAUGGUUUUAGGAGUUGGGUGGAAACAAGAGAACCAGGAGGAAACAUACAGAAAAAAAAAAAAGUCAUGUAAAAAAGGGCAUUCUUGUUUGGACGUGAAUCAACAGAUUGAUUAAAAUAUUCUAAUUACAAUUUAACACAUUUUCUAGACCAUGAACUUUAUAAAUAUGUCAUUUAUGUGUCAUUUGAAGGCUUGGAUUACAAUUUAAAUGUAAUAGUUUUGGUGGAAAAUCUAAUGUACACAAUUUUGCCCUUACACCAAAUGUAAUCAGCUAGGACAUGCUUGUUGCUCUUCUUUCCUUUUGCACUAUGAGACUAAUUUGUCUGACAAAUAAUUGAUUAAUAAUUGAUUUUUGUAAAUAUAUACCCAAUUUACAUAUGAAGCCAAAUUUGAAAUCUUAAAAAAAAUUAAUUAGCUAAACAAUCUAAUCACAUUUUAAUAAAAUGAUUUUGCCAAAUACCAUGGGGAGUUUAUAUUUAUUAAUUUAAGUUUAAAGUUCAAUAUUUCUACUGUUGGAUGGUAUGGCCCAGGUGGAGGGAUGAUACCAAACUGCAACAAGGAAAACAGUGAUUCAGGUUGUCCAAGAUGGCAGCUUUCACAAUAUUACAGCAAACAAGAACAUGAUGACAUUUUGUUUAUGUUUACUGAUUACAGUAAGUCACGCUAAACCACAUCAAGUCUGUGUGAGAUCAGUGAAGAACUGGGAUGUAAAAAAAGUUCAGGGUUAUUGUCACUAUGCUAUGAAGUAUCUAAUACAAUAUUACCAGUUAUCUAGCAUGUAAUAAAUUUGAGCACAAUAUGACCACCAGGUGGCAGCAUUAGUGUAGCAUCAAUACAAGCUGAAUAAACUCAGUUAAUGGCUGUGCUAAAACUAGGGGGCAUCGUGUGGUGGCAUUUUGUUAGGGUUAAUAAGGGUUGCCACUUGCCAGAUUUAAAAGCUUCCACAAAAUCACUAUGGCUUAUACCCACUACCAGGCCUGGGCCAGGACACCAUUUCAGAAGGCCUCCCAAAUAAAACUGUAAUUAAAUUAUACAAGGCAUUUUUCUUUUUCUUUUCCAACUUAGUAGAUAUAAACCCAAAAAUAAUCUCCACAUUAACAACAUUAAUUCUAAGGCACAUCAACUCAUAUAGCAGUUGAAGUAUGAGGACUGACACAAGACACUACGGCUACUAAAUGUGUUGCUGGAAAUAUAGUAAAAGUUGCACUUGUACUCAUAUUACAAAUACAAGCUAAGAAAUGUGGAAAGGAAGCAAGGAGGUACAGUUCAAGAAAUGAGAAGCACUCUGCGUCUCCUUGUUUCAUAUCCUUGCUUCUUAGCUCCUAUUUGUGUACUAUCAGAAAUAAAGGUACCAAAGGGUACUUUUCCUUGUUGCUGGGGUGGUACCAUCAA